AUGACAUCCCGACAUCCGCCGCCAUCAUCAUCACCAACAUCGUCAUCACCACCAUCAUCAUCGUUUACUUCCUCUUCCGCUUCACAGACAAACAAUAACAGACAGCACAUCCGCGACCAAACCGUCUUCUCCCAGCCAGAUCCCACAAAGAAACCUUUCACUCCAUCAUCCUACCGUUCUCGCUUUACUUCAACAUCAUCUUCACCAUCUUCUUCGACAACAUCGGCUUCAACUUCAUCCAGUCCCAAUCCCAAUAAUACUUCAAUACCAAAGGGCUACUCGACCCCCAAAAAGCGUAGAAGCAUCUUCAUUGAACAACUCGAUUCUGCAGAUCUAGACAACCAACCACCAUUCUCAGAGAACAAUGUUCCUAUAGCAUCAUCAUCAUCACAAUCACCGACAAAGAACAACAUAAGAACAAGAAGUAGAAGUGGAAGUAAUAGUAAAAGAAGAAGCAGAACGGCACAUACAAUCCUCUCCAUCAAUCCACUCGGCCAAAAGGACUCCUACAUGAUGCAUCUCCCAUUCGAACCUCUCAGAAUAUGCAUUCUGAUCCUCAUCCUCGUCUCCUUCACAACAAUAUCUCUUUCAACAUCCGCAAGUUCAGAUCUUGAUUCUUUAUUACUAAAACGUAUGGUACCCGGUGGAGAAGGCGUCGUGGAACGGAGAGAAGCAUCGAUAGCACCAAGCUUCAGCUUCGGUCCAGCAGUUCGAAAUCCAGAAAAGGAUAUUCCAAAACUAAGAACGGGAUUGUUAGUUUUGGUAGUUAGUCUAGUAUUCGCCGGACUCAUGACAUGA